AUGCCAAAUUUCACAGAUGUGACGGAGUUUAUUCUUUUGGGGUUGGCCGGUCGUCAGGAGCUUCGAGUCCUCUUUUUUGUGAUAUUCCUAGUGGUUUACAUGAUCACUCUGUUAGGGAACAUUGGUAUGAUUAUUUUGAUCCGCAUCAGUCCACAGCUUCAGAGCCCGAUGUACUUUUUCUUGAGUCAUUUAUCUUUUGUGGAUGUGUGGUUCUCUUCCAAUGUCACUCCCAAAAUGCUGGAAAACUUACUAUCAGAGACAAAAACCAUCUCUUAUGUGGGGUGUUUGGUGCAAUGUUACUUUUUCAUUGCCCUGGUCCAUGUGGAGGUAUAUAUCUUGGCUGUGAUGGCCUUUGAUCGCUACUUGGCCAUCUGCAACCCUUUGCUUUAUGGCAGUAAAAUGUCCAGGUCUGUCUGUGUUCGGCUCAUCUCUGUUCCUUACCUCUAUGGAUUCUCUGUUAGCCUAAUAUGCACGCUGUGGACAUACGGCUUGUACUUCUGUGGCAACUUUGAAAUCAACCACUUCUAUUGUGCUGACCCUCCUCUCAUCAAGAUUGCCUGUGGGGGCGUCUCCAUUAAAGAAUACACCAUGAUUGUUAUUGCUGGGAUGAACUUCACAUAUUCCCUCUCAGUCGUCCUCAUCUCCUACACCCUCAUCGUAGUAGCUGUGCUACGCAUGCGCUCUGCUGACGGAAGGAGGAAGGCAUUCUCCACGUGCGGGUCCCACCUCACCGCUGUUACCAUGUUUUAUGGGACUCUCAUAUUCAUGUAUCUCAGGAGGCCCACGGAAGAGUCCGUGGAACAGGGGAAAGUGGUGGCUGUGUUUUACACCACAGUCAUCCCUAUGCUGAAUCCCAUGAUCUACAGUUUGAGAAACAAAGAUGUGAAAGAGGCGCUCAACAAAGCAAUCAUCAAGGCAAACUUGGGGCAGUGA